GUAGAUUUGAUCAGCUACUCCCAUUAACCAUUCAAUCACCUCCAAUUUUCUUUAGCAAUCCAACAUUCGAAUCAAUGGCUUCCGGUUCAACAAUGUCACUUUCUUCCCCAUCCUUCGCCGGGCAGGCGGUGAAGAUCGCCCCUGAGAUCACCGCCAACAGCGUCGGAAGAGUCUCGAUGAGGAAGACCGCCGCCAAGCCGAAGCAAGUCUCCUCCAGCAGCCCAUGGUACGGCCCUGAUCGUGUCAAGUACUUGGGCCCGUUCUCCGGCGAGGCCCCCAGCUACCUCACCGGCGAGUUCCCCGGCGACUACGGUUGGGACACUGCGGGACUCUCGGCCGACCCGGAAACCUUCUCCAAGAACCGAGAAUUGGAGGUGAUCCACUCGAGAUGGGCCAUGCUUGGAGCUCUAGGGUGUGUAUUCCCGGAGCUCUUGGCCCGAAACGGCGUCAAGUUCGGCGAGGCGGUUUGGUUCAAGGCCGGAUCUCAGAUCUUCAGCGAAGGUGGGCUCGAUUAUUUGGGCAACCCAAGCUUGGUCCAUGCGCAGAGCAUAUUGGCCAUUUGGGGUGUCCAAGUUGUUCUGAUGGGAGCUAUUGAGGGCUACAGAAUUGCCGGUGGGCCCCUUGGUGAGGUUGUUGACCCACUUUACCCGGGUGGUAGCUUUGACCCGUUGGGUCUGGCUGACGACCCGGAAGCAUUUGCCGAGCUCAAGGUAAAGGAACUCAAGAAUGGAAGACUCGCAAUGUUCUCAAUGUUUGGUUUCUUUGUUCAAGCCAUUGUUACCGGAAAAGGUCCGUUGGAGAACCUAGCCGACCAUCUCGCCGAUCCCGUUAACAACAAUGCUUGGUCUUAUGCUACUAACUUUGUCCCCGGAAAGUGAAGAUGAUCGAAAACUAAUUAAAUCUCCUUUUUCUUUCACUGUUUGAUGCUUGAUGUAAAGUUUCUAGUGUGAAUUAUUGGAAUAUAACAUGCUUUUUCAUACCAACUUUGAACACAGA